AUGCCCGAUGAGCUUGAUGUCUACGGCCAUGCCCCUUCUACUCCUAAUUACUAUGCCGUCGGGGUUGCAAUGGCGCGGAAUCCCGAGGCUGCCUUGGACCGGUAUCCGCAGCAGUCGCUUUUGUCUGAGAUUAUGUGGAUAAUCGACGAGACUCGGCGCUAUGCCGCGACUACCGUGUCUAUCGACAUCGCCAUCUGUCAGGACGGUUCGUGCAAGACUCGUCGGCUAGGGCAGAGGGCGAAAGACACGCGCGCUACGCCCAAAUGGAAAGACUCGACGAAGUGCUGUUUGUUUGUCCCGUCAUCGUACAGCCCAUCUUUGCCUUGCUCGCCGCCGAAAGUCGACCCGAACAAGAGCCAAAAUUAA